CUUAUAUAGAUACUCUCCAUUACGUGUUCUUUGCUUCAAGCUUCCUAAAAAGUAGGCUUGGAGAUUGUUCUGGGAGAAGGCAUAGCGAUGGGAGAGGUGAAGGAGGUGAAGUUGUAUGGGUUUGUGUUCAGUGGCUACUGCACCAUGGUCCACCAUGCUCUUAAGCUCAAGGGCGUGGCCUACGAGUACGUGGAGGAAGACCUCCAGAACAAGAGCCAGGCGCUUCUUAAGCUUAACCCUGUUCACAAGAAGGUGCCGGUCCUGGCAGUGGAUGGAAAGCCAGUAGCCGAGUCGCUUGUCAUCUUGGAGUUCAUCGAUGAGAUGUGGAAGGACCCUCCUUUUCUCCCGGAGGAUCCUUACAAGAGAUCCAAAGUUCGUUUUUGGGCUGAUUUUGUCUACCAAAAGCUGGUGCCUGGCACUUACGCUAUUCAAAACACAAAGGAGAGGAGCAACAGAAGGCAAUCCAGGGACUUCAUUGAGAACUUGAGCACAUUGGAGGAUGGAAUCCAGAGAGAUUUGUUCAGUGGAGGCCCAUUCAUCAAUGGUGUGAUGCCCAGCCUUCUCGAUGUGAUCCUGGGCUCAUGCCGUGAUGGAUUCAAUUAACCUGGAAGGUCUUACUGAUGUGAAAUUUCUGGAAAAGGAGAGGACACCACUCCUGUGCUCUUGCAUGGAUGCUUUUGCAGACCUUGAUGUGGUCAGAGAAACAGCAAUUCCUGAUGCCAUGUUGCAGGAGCGCAUUCGAGCUAUGAGAGAGAAGGCUUCAGCAUCAUCAGGAGCUUGAUGGUUCCUCUCAAGUCUUUGUGGCCUAAUGUGAUAAUGUUGAGCUUGUAAGGGAACUUUGUCCUGCUUUGAUGCUAGAUGAAUUGAUAUAUUAUUGUUGUAAUAAUAAUAAUAAGAGGUCUAUGUUUCAGCCUUUAAA